AUGGGCGGCGGCGGCAGUAAGUGGAGGAAGGCGGCGGUGGGACCCCCGCUGCCAGCCGCCGGAGAGAGGGAGUUGGGCUGCAGCGAGGAGGGAGCGGGCGGCGAAGGUCUACAGCGGUGGGACGGAGAGGGACGGCAUCGCCUCUGGAGCAGCCGCGCCGGGACGGCCGGAGCAGGGGACUGGCCGCCCGUGAUGGAGCGGGAAGCGGGCAAGGCAGCGGCUGAAGGCGGGGACUGGAGUAUACAAGGAUCCUCUCGGCGAUCGCAGCCUUCCACGUGGAAGUUGCCGAAAGCGCCCUGUGGCGACUGCACGCCUUCCAUCCAGUGCCUGGCCGGGGGACAGCGCGGCGCCGGUGGCGGCGGCAGCAGCCCGGACAACCCCCGCCCGCCGCGGGCAGCCGGAGCCUGGCCCUCGGCGCUGAGCGGCUGCUCCCUCAGCACCAGCCGCAGGAGCCCCGGCUCCGCACAUGAUGUAUUCAUGAUAAAGACACGACACGUAGAAAAUAACAACUUGGCAAAUGGAUUCCAGAUGAGUGGCAAAAAUAUGUCAAACAACUUGACUCCAAUUCUGUACGAUUAUUCCGAAGAGGAACUAAUGGCCAGCAUUGAAAAAGAAUAUAGCUGACCAAAAAUGAAAGGUUGUCCAUUAGACAGAAUCCAUGCACUUUGCCGAAGUGAACAGGAAUGCCUUUGAACAUAUUUAGCUAUUUGCAGCAGUGUUGCAAAAUAUAUUAGUAAAGCAAUUGCUUUGUAUAUAAUUUUUUAAUAAAUAAUUGGUGUACAGAAACUAUUCAUUGAUUGUUCACAAUUAUUGGUUUCAAUUUAUUUUAUCAAAGCUGAAUUAUUAAGGGAAGGGGUUAGUGGGUUUAUGGGGUACAGGCAGGACUGGAUACCUUGAAACGGAUGUAAGAACAUGUUGCUGAAAAUUUGUACUCACAAUCUACCGGCAGUCCAUAGUCAACAGUUUGAUAUUAUAAUCUGAAAAAAGUAAGUUCUCUGCUGCCAUUGGAGUCUGCCCAGGAAAUAAUGUUUAAACUCUGAUAAUAACCACGAAUAAUACAACAAUUUAAUCAUUAUCUACCAUUUUAAUAUUUACUUCAGAAUAAUUCUCAUUGGGGCCAUCAUGCUUCAGAUGACCCCGACAGUUCGUUCAGGUUAAGCAGAGGUUCACUUGUACGUCCUCCAACCUCAUCUACUGUAUCCGCUGUUCAAGAUGUGGACUCUUAUACUUCAGCGAGACCAAACGUGGACUGGACGAUAGUUUCGCUGAACACCUUUGCUCAGUCCGCCUGAACCUACCUGAUUUCCCGUUUACUGAACAUUUUAAUUCUCCUUCCCAUUCCUCCACAGACCUUCAUGUCCUAGGUCACCUCCGUUGUCAGAGUGAGGCGAAACGCAAAAUUGGAGGAACAGCACCUCAUAUUACGCUUGGGCACGUUACAGCCCAGUGAUAUGAAUAUUGAUUUAUCUAACCAGAUACCCCUGGCAUUCCCUCUCUCUCUAUCCCUCCCCUACCCCAGUCUCACUAGCUUCUCGUUUUCACCCAACAAACAGCUUACAAUGACCUGUUUCCUUUAUCAUCAUUACGUUUUUGCAUAUCUUUCAUUCAUCGUUCUUUAUCUCUCUACAUCAUGGUCUAUAUCUCUCGUUUCCCUUACCCCUGACCAGUCUGAAGAAGGGUCUCGACCCGAAACAUCACCCUUUCCUUCUCUCCAGAGAUGCUGCCUGUCCCGCUGAGCUACUCCAGCUUUUAGUGUCUACAGAUAAUCAAUAAUCAAGCUUCAGCUUGCAUUCUCUCUGCACCCAUGCAAGUUUCUCCCUGGAGCUCUGCUUCCCUCCCACAUCUCAAAGGCAUGUUCAUGGGUUAAUUAGCAACACUGUUGGCUAAUUUAUAAUAUGGGCUAGAAGGAGACUCGAGAGUAUAAAUUACAGGGAAAUGGCUCGGAAGAACAUUGAUACGAUUGCUCGUAGAGCUGGCAUUAGCUCAAUGGGUAAAAUCACUUUUUUCUAGAUAGCAAGGAAAAUGUUUAUUCUAGGUCAUUUUUGUUUUAUUGAGAGAAUUAACCACCUGAGGGCAGAAGUAAACCUAAUGAACUUCUGUCACCUGCUCGUGCAUAUGUUAAUCCAAAGUUUGUCCAAAGAUAGAUUUGUUUCAAUAUACAUCAUAUUUAAAACUUGCUUGAAAUCAAAGUUUACACUUGGGACAAGUCCGCGACUGUUUGCAGAAUUGUCUUUUAGGAUUAUCUGCAGAAUCACUAAAACAAAAGUCAGAUUCCAUCCAGAUCAGUCUUGGUGCGGUGGUUGACACCCAAUUCUUAUGUACACAUUUAAGGAGGCAGUAGGGGAGGGAGGGGAAAUUGCAGGUUGAGCUAACGGUUCUAGUUGUUGGAAUGUUAACCAAUUUGCACAGCAAGCUUUUGUAAACACCUUUGGGAAAAUGACCAGGUAAACUACAUUUGUGAUGUAGAUAUAGAGGAAAUGAUUGACUCCAUGAACAGUACUGUCACGUAUCCGUCAUGCCCAGUUAAGAUGGUAGAUUGGGCCGUCUCUGAAAGAUGACACACACGUUAUCAUAGCAACCCCUCAGCACUGCAUUGAAGUGUCAAUGUAGACCUCUACAUUUAAAGUCUGGAACAGAUCUUAAACCACCCAGUAACUGAUCUACAGCUAAAAAGUGGACACAAAUUUCUUUCACUGUGGCUGCUUUUGAGAGGAAUCAAGAGGUCAAAGAGUGACUACUCCCAAGGGAAACAGCUUGCUCAGCUUUUUCAGCACAAAUGCGCUAAUGGAUUUGACGGUAGGGCUGCUGCUUCAUGCCAGCAGAUACCUGGGUUCAAUCCUGACCAUGGGUGCUGCCUGUGCGGAGUUUGUAUGUUCUCUGUCACCACGUGGAUUUUCUCUGUGUGCUCUGGUUUCCUCCCAUAUCCCAAAGACGUGCAGGUUUUGUACGUUAAUUGCCUUCUGUAAAUUGCCCCCCAAGUGUGUCGGACAUAGAACUAGGGUGAUCAAUGGUUGGCACGGGCUCGGUGGGCUGAAGGGCCUGUUUCCACGCUGUAUCGCUAAGCUAAGCUAAUUAUCACAUAAGGCCCAGACACGUGUAGAAGAAAAAAGCUAAAUAUUAAUUUACUUAACUUUUUUUUUGUUUAUUUUUUGUUUGUUUAUUUUAUUAUAAGUUAAUACAGCACAAAACAGUACAGUGGAACCUAAUUUUAGGUGCCAACUAUGUAAUUCCGUAAUCCAUUCUAUGUACAACCUCUAGUUUUAUGUUAUGAGAAGGAAUAAUUUACUUAACUUUGAUCGGAAUUAUAUAAGGUAACGAAAGGGUGUGCAGACAAUUGGCAUCUUUCGUUGACCAGAUGCAGAAGAUCAUGGGAAUUUGGCAAAGCAAGUUUCAGACACAUUAUCCCUUCUAGAAUUGUUUUCUCUUGGCUGGUAAUGCAUAGCAUUGGUGAAUAAAGCACAUCAAAUUAGGACAGAGAUAAGGAAGCCUGUUUCUCACUGGAAAGUUACUGAAUGCUGGAUCACAAUAGUUAGCCCUGUAAUGUCGGUAACAAUUGUGAUCAAAAACACAACAGCAUCAGCUGAGUAGACCACCCGCACCCCCUACCACUAGUAGCGCAGAAACAUUGCAGUAAAUGGGGGCUUAUGAUUGGCUCGGAGAGGGGGCAGUGGUGCAGUCUGCUUGAAAGAUGACAGAAUAAUGUCAAGAAGUCCUUGUAUUAUGUUUGACUUGUAUUAACCUUCCGUUGUUGAAUAAGAUUAACAUAAACAAAAUGUGUUUUAUCACUAAUGAAAUGAUUAAUACCCAUGUAGUAGAUAGUAAUAACAGGAAAACAUAUAGCCAAGGACAAAGGAUAUUUGCGUAUAAUUGUAUCUAACAAAAAAAAAGUUGUUUACUGCACUGUAUAUAACUGUCGGCUAAUUCUGCUGCAAAGACUAGAGACUGGUGAGCAUUUAACUGCUGCCAUCUCUUCAUGAUACUAUGCAAUAAAGCCUCUUGAAGCA